AUGGGACUCUUCAUCCUUCCAGCCAAAGUGCACCAUCAGUACCCACGAAGAGUCUCGGAGCUGCAGGAGGAGGGAAUGAAUGCCAUCAACUUGCCCCUCAGCCCCAUCCCCUUUGAGCUGGACCCUGAGGACACAAUGCUGGAGGAGAAUGAAGUGCGGACAAUGGUGGACCCAAACUCACGCAGUGACCCCAAACUCCAGGAGCUGAUGAAGGUGCUCAUUGACUGGAUUAAUGAUGUGUUGGUUGGAGAAAGAAUCAUUGUGAAAGACCUGGCUGAAGACUUAUAUGAUGGACAAGUCCUGCAGAAGCUCUUUGAGAAACUUGAGAGUGAGAAGCUAAAUGUUGCUGAGGUCACACAGUCGGAGAUUGCUCAGAAGCAAAAACUGCAGACUGUCCUGGAGAAAAUCAAUGAAACCCUGAAGCUUCCUCCCCGGAGCAUCAAGUGGAACGUGGACUCUGUUCACGCCAAGAGCCUGGUGGCCAUCUUACACCUACUGGUUGCUCUGUCUCAGUAUUUCCGGGCACCAAUCCGACUUCCGGACCAUGUUUCUAUCCAGGUGGUUGUGGUCCAGAAACGAGAAGGAAUCCUCCAGUCCCGGCAAAUCCAAGAGGAAAUAACUGGUAACACAGAGGCUCUGUCGGGAAGGCAUGAACGUGAUGCCUUCGACACCUUGUUUGACCAUGCACCAGACAAACUCAAUGUGGUGAAAAAGACCCUCAUCACCUUUGUGAACAAGCACCUGAAUAAACUGAAUCUGGAGGUCACAGAACUGGAAACCCAGUUUGCAGAUGGGGUGUACCUGGUGCUGCUCAUGGGGCUCCUAGAAGGCUACUUUGUGCCCCUGCACAGCUUCUUCCUGACUCCAGAUAGUUUUGAACAGAAGGUCUUAAAUGUCUCCUUUGCCUUUGAGCUCAUGCAAGAUGGAGGACUGGAAAAGCCAAAACCACGGCCUGAAGAUAUCGUCAACUGUGACCUGAAGUCCACACUGCGAGUGCUGUAUAACCUCUUUACCAAGUACCGGAACGUGGAAUGAGAGGCAAGGCUUCCCACCACCCAGCAGCCCCCACUGAUGGCAGACUGGACCAGCUUCUGGGGACCGCCUCACCUCGCUUGUACCUGUCUCCCACUCUGCUCCCCCCACAAGCCCAGUGUCUGCCCAGAGAUAGUGGAAACUGAGGUCAGGAAGGAGAUGACCAGUAACUCAGUGGGCUGAUCUAUCACCUUCUAGGCCCUGGAGACUUACCCGACCGUGAAGGGAAAGGUGCCAGUCCAGCUUUCCCUCUACAUGCCUUGGGAAUAGUGUAGGCCCAGAGUUCCCAGAAGAUGCCCAUAGAGACCACAAGCUGCCAUUGAUGGAAAUCAAAGAUGCCACCCUCCUAAGUGCCCUCCUGUGCUCCAGCUCUUUAAUCCUGAUUCCAGGGAAG